CUAACUAUGGCGUAAAGUCUUGCUACUGAAUGAGCCUGAAUUCUUUCGAUGAAUAUUAAGGCUGUUGAUGUACAGUAUGAGCAGGGUAUCAUCGUGGAAGGGGGAAGCUGUGCUGUAGCUGGCGUAUUACAACGGAAAAACAACCUGGACUUGCUAGGGUUACGGGUGAAAUACCUCAACCCUCACACACCAGUCGGCUUCAAAGUCUGGAUUAUUGCGCAACACGACCACUUUCUGCAGUGGCUUUAGCAUUUGAAGGGAUCACUAUACACUGCUGUGGUUGUUUAAGCCGCCUCCGCCGAAGCCGCAGGGGAAGAAGGGA